AUGCACUGUGGAUAAGGGACAGCCAUUGUUGUCUGUGGCCUCAGUAGCUAGUCGGUACGUACACAGGUCAAUGCUUGUGGACGGAAGACACGGGCAGUAUAAAUGUGCAGAACGUCGUUGGGCUCCUCACUGCUAACCCGUCUGCAAUUAAAUGCCUAACUCUACCACACCCUCGCACACGAGCUUGCACUUCGGCCUCUUUGAGGACGAUUGCGUCGAGUCAGACGCCACCAACAAUGCCGCUGACCGAGAAGACGAGCACACACUCACUGCUUUUGGUGAGGUCUCCCUCGGCCAAGAGGAAAUGUUUGAAUUUGAUCCAAAUAACAUCCGUCGCCGUAAUCGAAUGCGUUUGAAGGAGAGACGUAGGAGUGCCCAGUACAGUCCACAAAUUCCGGGUAGGAAAUUCUGGGACCCAUUGACGUCUUCACUGGUUUCGACUCCUCUAACACCUGCCGAGUUUUUCAAUGGAUUUAGGCACUCCGUGCGCCGUGCUUUUCAGCUUGCACAAGCAGAAGCUGCCGAUGCUGAAGCUCGAUCUCGUGCAACUGACUCAGGAGAGUCAGCUUCUAGUGACUUGAGUGCUUCCGACGAUUACAAACUGGGGCAGUCGGUCAUCGUAAAGGAUAUUCCUGAACAAGUCAAAGAAAAGAAGAAACUGACUCAGAGGCCUGUAAUUCCGAAAUGGGAGCUCGACGAUUAA